UCUCCCGCCGCCGCCGCUCAGCGCUGCCAGCGCAUUAUUACUGACAACACACUCACUCUGUAACCAACCAACCUGCCACCUCCUCAAUACUUACUGACAGCCACUUAUUCAAACAAACAACAAAAAAAAAGCCACGAAAGAAGCCGAGGCUGCUUUUCACCCCAUUCUCUCUCUUAUUUUUUUGUUGUUAACUCCUCGUGAACGUUUUCAUCGCCGUUUCUUCUUACAGUAAGAUAGCGGUCCAAGGCAGCGGAGUUGUUGCAACGGCUGAACAUCAUUCAUUCAAUACCUUGACAACCCUGCUUUGAUUGACAGCUGGAGUGGCAAAAAGCCAUGAGAGACGACAGUUUUGUUACAAGCAGGCUGUUGACGGGCCGAUCGUAACCUUCAGUGUUUUUUUUUGGCUUGACAUUUUUUUUUCGCUUCUUCUGGAAAAGAAAACAAGGGGAGAGAGAGAGAGAGAGAGAAAAAGGCAAAGUUUCCUUCCCUGGGUCCGCUUUAAACUGCGGUACUGGAGGAUAAGCAGAAGUCGAAAACUGGAUUGGGAAAAUAAAGGGAUCUCGUGCAAUCACAACUAAGGCGAACUGGGGGAUAUUACAGAGACGGCACAUCCACGAGUGUGGGAGCGCAGGCUGAUGGCGCAAAGGUACGAUGAACUUGCUCAUUACGGUGGGAUGGAUGGAGUUGGCGUCCCGGCGUCCAUGUACGGAGAUCCUCACGCCCCCCGGCCGAUCCCUCCAGUUCACCACCUCAACCACGGACCACCGCUCCAUAGCCAACACUACGGGCCACAUACACCUCAUCCUAAUGUCAUGCCCACGAGCAUGGGCUCCGCUGUCAACGAUGCCCUAAAGCGAGAUAAAGAUGCAAUUUAUGGGCAUCCUUUAUUUCCUCUGUUAGCGUUGGUUUUUGAGAAAUGCGAGUUAGCGACCUGCACACCCCGAGAACCCGGCGUGGCAGGCGGUGACGUCUGCUCGUCUGACUCCUUCAACGAGGACAUAGCAGUAUUCGCAAAGCAGGUUCGCGCAGAAAAGCCAUUAUUCUCCUCAAAUCCAGAGCUGGAUAACUUGAUGAUUCAAGCUAUACAAGUGUUAAGGUUCCAUCUCUUGGAGUUAGAAAAGGUCCACGAGCUGUGUGAUAACUUCUGCCAUCGGUACAUUAGUUGUUUAAAAGGAAAAAUGCCAAUAGAUUUAGUCAUCGACGAGCGGGAUGGGAAUUCAAAAUCUGACCACGAAGAGCUAUCCGGAUCGUCGACUAAUUUAGCGGAACAUAACCCAUCAUCUUGGAAUAGAGACCACGAUGACGCUACUUCCACACACUCCGCAGGCACACCGGGACCUUCCAGUGGGGGACAUGCUUCCCAAAGUGGGGACAACAGCAGCGAGCAGGAUAAAUUCGGUGUUCUGCAAAGGAAAAGCCAUCUUUGCCAUCUUCUACUAGGUGAUGGGUUAGACAACAGUGUGGCUUCGCCAGGCACAGGUGACGAUGACGACCCAGACAAAGAUAAAAAGCGACAGAAAAAGCGAGGCAUCUUCCCCAAAGUAGCUACAAAUAUUAUGAGAGCGUGGCUCUUCCAGCACCUCACGCAUCCGUAUCCAUCAGAGGAGCAGAAGAAACAGUUAGCCCAGGACACAGGACUCACGAUCCUACAAGUCAACAACUGGUUCAUUAAUGCCAGGAGAAGAAUAGUACAACCCAUGAUCGACCAGUCCAAUCGAGCAGGUUUUCUUCUUGAUCCUUCAGUAAGCCAAGGAGCGGCGUACAGUCCAGAAGGCCAACCAAUGGGAAGCUUUGUAUUGGAUGGCCAGCAACAUAUGGGAAUUCGGCCCGCUGGUUUACAAGGCAUGCCAGGGGACUAUGUAUCUCAGGGUGGUCCUAUGGGUAUGAGUAUGGCACAGCCAAGUUACACUCCUCCCCAGAUGACCCCACACCCUGCCCAGUUAAGACAUGGACCCCCAAUGCAUCCCUAUCUCCCAAGUCACCCACAUCACCCGGCCAUGAUGAUGCAUGGUGGACCCCCACCUCACCCUGGAAUGCCAAUGUCAGCACAGAGCCCCACAAUGUUAAAUCCUGUAGACCCCAGUGUGGGGGGGCAAGUUAUGGACAUUCAUGCCCAAUAGUAUAAGGGAAUAAAAAAAGAAAACCACAAAUGUAAGACUUUAACCUUUCAACAGAUGUUGACACUUAAUGGAAUUCCAGAUGAGCUGUGAUUUUGUUUUCUCUCAACGUCGACAGAGGACCAAUGACAGGCCAAGGCUGACGUGAAGCCAAAGGCAUUCUUCACCCGAACUUAUCUCCGAUGUAAAGUUCCUCUGGAAAAGACUGAAAGAUUUAUUACUACUGUAGCAUAAAUAUAGGAACUAAGUUAAACUUGUACAUUUCUGUUGAUCACUCUAUUUCUGUUGCUUCCAAUAGUUUUUAGAAAGAAAGUUAUCCUUUUUCCACACUAUGUGUGUUGUUCCCAAAAUGGUUGUCCUCGUACAGCAAAUGGAGUCAUGUUUCCGACCAGAUUGCCCAAGUCCAGCCAAGCUGCCAUAGAGGAAGAAGCUAAAGUGAAGAUCCGUAAGAGAUUUUUUGGAUGCAGCACUAGGUGACAAGUUUUAAGAAUGCACUCAUAUAACUGAUUUUUACUGGAUCAAAUAAGGCCCGCUCAAUCCAAAUGAAUGGCCUGUGUCUGAUUAUGUUCUGGACUGACUCUUCCUCAAAGAGCUUGUUCGAUGAACCCCUGAAGAUGAAGUAGCGGCUUCCUCCUAUGGCUGUGGGUCACAGCAUUGAGAAAAUGUUGUCACACGAACUAUUCAGAAUGCUCUUGGGUGGAAUUUUCUUAAAUGAAAUAUCCUUUAGCUGGUCUUGCACCAAAAGAAAGACCUUUUUAAAUGAACUCAAACUGCUUGGAACAAGCAAAGACAACAAAAAAAAUACUGUAACAUACUUGGUACAGAGAGUUCAGUAUAUUAAUUGUUACAUGUUAGAUAUCUAUGUGUUUACCUCAAUGAGAAAUAACGAAUGUUUUGCUAGUAUCAAAUCUGCUGUGGAAUUGGUAUUGUAUGUCAAUGAAUUCCUUACUUUUAUCAGCACGUGUCACUAGAAGAAAAUGCUGUUACCCUUGCGAGCUUUGUCAGAUGACAUAAGUACUUGUAUGAAGACUGUGACGUAUGUUUAAAAGGUGUUCAGUCACAAAUGCCGUAAUAAAUAUUUCAUUUUUAGAUUUUUUUUUUCUGUUUGAUAACACACCUGUAAUGACUUCACCAUUCUCGAGGCUUUCCAAUGGACUCUACCAGAAGUGUCUGCAUUUACAGGACUCCUUGUUUUUGUUUUUAAUAUAAUGUUGGGUUCAUUCAGUCCUGUACGGUUCACAUUAUUUGCUGCUGCUGCUCGCAAGCAGUUGAUGUGGUUUUUAUUUUAUGUUUAAUCCCAGAAAAUGGUCAUAUUUGAAAGAUAUGUUUGCCACUUGUUCAGACAUGGCCACUGUUCGAUUUAAAAGAAGGAAACAUUUAUUUCCUUUCUGUAGAACAGCAACUGGGAAACCUAGGUUCAUUUGAAAGAAACCUGUGGCGUAUUUAAGAGGGUUUAUAUAAUAUAUAAACAGGGUAUCUUCUGUACAAAAAAAAUAAUUCUAAGUGUUCUACAGCGUUUUGUACACCAACACUCACGGAGAGAAUAAAGAAUCCUACUAAAUUUAUCAAUAUCUUAGUCAAAGGCUUGGGAUUUCAUGAAAAUACUUUUUAUUAAAUGAUACCAGCUGCCAAAUCCAACUUUGCAGAAUUUACUUUCUCUGCGUGUUGCAAUGAUUACAUCCGUCACAAAUUCCUGGAUUUGCUUUCACUGGUUAAAGUCGUGGAAACUAAAUUCAGGGGGCAGCGCACACCUUCUCCCCAUUCGAAGUCUCCCCUCCCAUCUACUAGUCAGCGUGAGGAUGUACAGUAUAAUUUAAUUUCAAACCGAAUCUCCCUCUUUCCAUGUCCCCUCUGGCCGUGAAACCAAACUAUUCGGGAACUCUUGCAAAGUCAGCGUGGUGGUGGGUGGGGAGGGAAUUAUGGUAUUUAUGAAAAUAUGGAAAAUCAGAUUGGCCAGCAUUUGAAGUGAGUUAUAUUGUAUCUAAAACCCUGGAGGUUUCUCCUUUUUGUUUACAGAGCUUCUUAAUAAAAGUUUAUUUAAAAACA